CUCGAAGAGCUUUGGUACUCCGUGGAGCAAUUAGACGGCAGGCGCAGCCCUCUCUACAGAAGUUUUAUUGUUUUCUGUUUACUGGCAUCCCCUAAGCACAUUCUCAGAGCAAAGACGCGCCGACUUGCUCCGAGAGACGCAAGAAUUCAGCACUGGAGCUGUCCGGUCGGAGCGACCUUGAUGCUGGACGGUCAACUUUAAAAGGGUCUUGAUGCGUUUUUGCUUCUGUGCGGUCCACUGGCGAAACUGGGCUAUACCGAAGACACACUAGUGUGUGGUAUACUGUCACGAGCAGACACACAAACCCUUCCGGAGCUGUGACAUGCCGAUUUGCAGUGCUUAAAAGACAAAGAGAAAGCGAGACUCAAGUCCGGGAGUACAGACGUGCCUCUUUCCAGCCAUGGGUGUACUGAUGUCCAAGAAGCAGCAGGUGGAGAAGGUGCAGAAAUGCAGUGCGGUAGUCUCCGCGUUUCGCGAAGGCUUAAAGAACCAGCCGACCACUGCCCAGCCUCACGAGAGUGCAGAGAACAGAGAGGGCUUCGCCGAGCCUCAGAGCCCGCCCAGAGAAGACGAGUCCACACACAAAGAGGAGGACGGAAAACCAGGACCUUCCUCCACUCCGCCCAAGGAGGAGAACAAAGCCAAUCAGGAGGCAUGGGGCCGCCUACGUGAUGGCAAAGGGGUGGAGCCCGAGGAGUUAAAAAAGGAUCAUCAGCUCACGCCUCCGGCAUUCGUGCGACCGAAGAGGCAAGUGAACGACGAUCAGCCUGCGCAGGUCGAGCUGAACCAGAGAGAACAGCCUGUAAAUGACGAAAUGUGCGAGGUGUGUGAGGUAUGGACGGCAGACGACUUGUUCCCGUGCCGGAUUUGCACGAGGGUGUUCCAUGACGGCUGUCUGCGGGAGAUCGGAUACCUGCAUGCUGAUGCCCUGCAGGAAAUGAGAGAAACGGCUCACACUACCACUGGGUGGAGCUGUUACUACUGCGACAAUGUGAACCUGCUGCUCACUGAAGAAGAGAUGUACAGUCUGAUGGAGACCUUCAAACAAUGCAAGAUCAUCCCAGAAUCCUGUCUCGUCUCAGACCAGCUCCUACAGUACAGGCACUUUGUAUCCAAGCAACUGUUUGAGAAGGAUCUAACUGAUGAACAGGAAGAGGAGGUACUGGCUCAGUUCGCGGCCCUCGACCCCGACAAGAAAGGCCAGAUAGAGUGGUCGGAUUUCCUGUACCAUGAAUCCCUGUCCAUACUGCAGAAGUUUCGCACACAGAAUUCACUGGUGCGUCUGCUGACGGCUAAAGAGCGCGACCGGGCGCGUGCCACCUUCCACAGCCUGGACCAGGACAAAGAUGGCAUCAUCAGAGGAGGAGAGUGUAAGCAGGUCCAGGCCUCCUGGUUCCACAAGCUCAGCAGAGAGUCGCAGUCCUGCAGCGUCAGACUUAUCGGAUUGUGUUCUCCUGUAAUGAAUAUGGGCAUCAGCCACGUAGGCCCGAUAUCAGAGAGCAGUCCAGCCAGCUCAGGCAGUGACAAGAGCAGGGACAAAGCCAUGGAGAAAUAUGACAACAGGCCAGUGACGUGGAAUACAUUCCUGUGCGAGAGCGCCAUCUAUCUGUUGGCUGCCCGCCCCAACAGCGCGGCCAUGCACAUUCGCCUACCUCUGUAAUUAUGGCUGACUUGGCCAGGGGCUGUAGGGGCCGCUACAGCGCCACCUAGUGUUGGACAUGCAGCAGUGAGUUGGUGUGGGAUAAAGACCUGACACCAAGAAAGAAUCAAAUGAAAUAUAACUAAAUACAACACUAUACUCAGAGAUUGUAAAAGCAAUUAACACACCACUUCUCAGACCACACAAGCAACCAGAACACUGAUUUUGAGAGUUAAGAUAUUUGUGAGAUGCAUUUCCUGCAAAAAAAUAAAUAAAUAAAAAAUGUAACAGUGCAUUACAGUUAAGAGGAUGGUUGAGUGGAUAAAGUUAUAAAUAUAUCUGUUGUGAACUGCAAAGAGCACUGCCUCCUACUGUGUUUAAAAGAGCACCACCACAGUAUUCAAACAUCAGCCAUAGAAUUUGCAGUGUAUCACUUUUGAAUAUAUGUGGUUUAACUGAGAACAGGGUCUGGCCCACCACUGGUCCCAGUUCUACACUCACUGCAAACACAAAAAAGACAAGUAGACUAUCAGAGUAGUCUGUACUAAAAGGAAGGAAAUCUAUCUGCAUAUAUUAUAUAUCAAGAUAAUAUAUAAAAACAAAUAUACAGUAUAUAAACCGA